AUGCACACGGCUAGUUCAUUAAUUCGUAAUACUGUACUUUUCAAUCCCAAUUUUAAAUACUCGGCGCGUUUUACACGCACUCUUUCGAAAAUUGCAUCACAAUUACAAUAUAAACCGGCGAAUAAAAGGCUUUUAAGUCAUUUUUAUGGUAAUGGCUUUAAGGAUUCUCGUAUCUGCUCAACUGUAAAUGGUUAUGUGACACUUCACCAGGCAAUACACGUAAAGCAGUAUUCGACUGGCAAUAAAAAUGACCCAGAGGAAGAGGAGGUAGAAGAAGUCAAAGAAGAGACUCCAUUGUUUACAAGCCAGCUUCCAGCAACAGUUGCUGUACCUGAAGUUUGGCCACAAGUCCCUGUCAUAGCUAUAAAUAGAAAUCCUGUGUUCCCUAGGUUUAUUAAACUGAUAGAGAUAUCAAAUCCAGCACUCAUAGACUUAAUUAGACGUAAAGUGAAGCUCAAUCAACCAUACAUAGGUAUUUUCCUUCGAAAGAAGGAAGAUGAGAAAUCAGAUGUUGUAUCUAGUUUGGAUGACUUGCAUCAAGUUGGAGUGUUUGCACAAAUACAUGAAAUGCAAGAUAUGGACUUCAAGUUGCGGCUUGUUGUAAUGGCUCAUCGGAGAAUAAAAAUUACUGGCCAAUUUAUUGAAGAUGAAAUUGAGACAGGGCCCGCUGAAAUGAAGCUGAAGUUUCCGAUAUUUAAUACGGAAUUUAACGUUACCCGCGAAGAGACGGACGCCGAACGACGUCGGAGGAAAUACAGGAAUACCAGAAAAAAGACUGAAACAGAAAAUGAGGUGAAGGAGACAAAGAAAUUGCCACCUGACCAGGUCCUCAUGGUCAAGGUUGAGAAUAUGAUGCACGAGAAAUUUAAGCAAAAUGAAGAAGUUAAAGCAUUGACCCAAGAAGUGAUUAAAACAAUACGAGAUAUUAUAAGUUUGAAUCCAUUGUACAGGGAGUCGCUCCAUCAUAUGUUAGCUCAAGGACAACGAGUGGUCGACAACCCUGUGUACUUAAGUGACUUGGGAGCAGCACUUACCGGUGCUGAACCAGCUGAACUGCAGGCAGUGCUCGAAGAGAUGGAUAUUCCGAAAAGACUGAUGAUGUCCUUAUCGCUUCUAAAGAAAGAGUAUGAAUUGUCUAAAUUACAGCAGAAGAUUGGAAAAGAGGUAGAAGAAAAAGUAAAGCAACAGCAUCGGAAAUAUAUACUCCAUGAGCAGCUUAAGGUUAUCAAAAAAGAAUUAGGUCUAGAGAAAGAUGAUAAAGAUGCAAUAGGAGAGAAAUUUCGAGAGAGAUUAGCUGAGAAAACGGUCCCUGAAGCAGUCCAAAAUGUUAUUGAUGAAGAAUUAAACAAGUUGAAUUUCUUGGAGAGCCAUAGUUCUGAAUUUAAUGUUACCCGCUGCUACCUCGACUGGUUGACUUCUCUACCCUGGGGUAUCACAUCCGAAGAGAACCUGAAGCUGGAAGAUGCUCAGAUAAUAUUAGAUGAAGACCAUUACGGCAUGGAAGACAUUAAGAAACGCAUUCUCGAAUUCAUUGCGGUGUCACAGUUGAAAGGCAGUACCCAAGGGAAGAUUUUGUGUUUCCAUGGACCACCAGGAGUCGGAAAAACUAGUAUAGCUCGUUCAAUAGCGCGGGCGUUAAACCGCCAGUACUUCCGUUUUUCUGUCGGUGGUAUGACAGAUGUGGCUGAAAUAAAAGGCCAUAGGCGGACGUACGUCGGUGCGAUGCCUGGCAAACUAGUGCAGUGCCUAAAGAAAACUGGAACCGAGAACCCAUUAGUACUUAUUGAUGAGGUUGAUAAAAUUGGAAAAGGUGUCCACGGUGAUCCAUCUUCAGCUCUUUUGGAACUUUUGGACCCAGAGCAGAACGCAAAUUUCCUGGACCACUACCUGGACGUGCCAGUUGAUCUUUCAAAGGUUCUAUUUAUCUGCACAGCUAAUGUGGUAGACAUGAUACCAGAACCGCUUAGGGACAGAAUGGAGCUUAUCGAUAUGUCUGGCUACGUAGCAGAAGAGAAGUUAGCGAUAGCGCAACAGUACUUGGUUCCGACGGCGCAGAAAAACUGCGGCUUAAGUAAAGAACAACUCGACUUGACCCCUGAAGCGCUUCACACUUUAAUUAAGUCCUACUGCAGAGAAAGUGGUGUAAGGAAUCUUCAGAAACAUAUUGAAAAGAUAGCCCGCAAGGUGGCGUUCAAGAUAGUGAAGCAAGAAGCCGAUAAGCUUGUGGUUAACGAUGAGAAUUUAUCUGAACUGGUGGGUAAACCUACCUUUAAACAUGACAGGAUGUAUGACAUUACACCCCCUGGUGUCAUAAUGGGUCUUGCGUGGACCGCUAUGGCAUUACGCAAUAAACAUCAAGAAGAGAAAGUAAGCAGCGGUUCGUUGGAGCUAACGGGGCACCUCGGUGACGUCAUGAAGGAAUCGGCGAGAAUUGCUCUCACGGUGGCGAGAAAUUACCUGAAUGCUCACAACCCUGGCAACACGUUCUUAAAUACCAGCCAUCUUCACCUCCACGUACCUGAAGGCGCUACACCCAAAGAUGGUCCAUCAGCUGGUGUCACCAUCACAACGGCACUCCUUUCGCUGGCUCUGCAGCGUUCUGUUAAGUCGCAACUCGCUAUGACUGGUGAAAUUUCCCUUACAGGCCGAGUGUUACCAGUCGGUGGAAUAAAAGAGAAGAUUAUUGCGGCGAAACGUGUUGGAGUAACAUGUGUAAUAUUACCUGAAGAGAACAGACGCGAUUUCGACGAUCUCCCCGACUUUAUAAAGAAAGACAUCGAGAUACAUUUCGUCAAUGAAUACCAGGAUGUCUUUAACAUUGCUUUUGAUCAGGUCUGA